AUGUCUGUCUCUAGGUGUCUACGCGAUGAGAGCCACACAGCAGGCCAGCAAGCGGGUUGCGAGGGCGGCUCCAGAAGGAGGAGCUGGGGACUGUUGGUCACCGCUGGUAUCGGUGGGACCUUGGUGGCACUGUACGCCGUGGUCACCCCCUUCGUGACCCCAGCUUUGAGGAAAGUGUGUCUGCCCUUCGUUCCUGCAACUUCCGCUCAGAUCCAGAAUGUGCUGAAAAUGUUAGAAAGCAGAAGCGGCUCCCUAGUGGACAUUGGUAGCGGGGACGGCCGUGUUGUGAUAGCAGCUGCAAAAAGGGGAUUCAAAGCUGUUGGUUAUGAAUUAAAUCCCUGGCUAGUUUGGUACUCCAGAUACCGUGCCUGGAGAGAUGGGGUGCAUCAGAACACCAGAUUUUAUAUUUCAGACUUAUGGAAGGUUUCUUUUUCCCGUUAUAUGAAUGUUGUUGUUUUUGGGGUACCUCAAAUGAUGCCACAGUUGGAGAAGAAACUAGAAGAAGAACUUGAAUGUAAUGCCAGAAUCAUUGCCUGUCGUUUUCCUUUCCCUUGUUGGAUCCCAGAUCAUACUACUGGAGAGGGAAUAGACACUGUGUGGGUCUAUGAUGUGAAACAUUCUAGAGGAUGUGAAAGAAAAAGCUUGGAAAUUACACCAGAAACAGAAUCCUAA